UGUGUGAAACCCUAAGAGAGAGAAUAUUGAGAAAUACAAAAGAUGACGGGGGAAGAGGCUAAAAAGGGAAAAACAUUUGGCUUAUGGUGUGAGCCUGUGGUGGGAUCGUUGGCUCCGGCCAAAAAGAAAGAAUACAGAAUCACCAAUCGCCUCGAAGAGGGGAAACGCCCUAUAUACGCUGUCGUUUUCAACUUCCUUGACUCUCGUUACUUCAAUGUUUUCGUCACUGUUGGUGGCAACAGAAUUACUGUUUAUCAAUGCCUUGAAGGAGGGGUUAUAGCUGUUUUGCAGUCUUAUGUGGACGAGGAUAAGGAUGAGGCUUUUUACACUGUGGGUUGGACAUGCAGUGAUGAUGGGAGUCCAUAUAUUGUGGCUGGUGGAAGCAAGGGGAUAAUCCGAAUCAUUGAUGCUGGCCGUGAGAGCAUAUACAGGAGUUUUAUUGGCCAUGGGAAUUCUAUAAAUGAAGUCAGAACCCAAACAUUAAAACCAUCACUUGUGAUAUCUGCAAGCAAAGAUGAAUCUCUUCGGUUGUGGAAUACUCAAACUGGAAUAUGUAUCCUGAUAUUUUCAGGAGCUGGAGGACACCGCAAUGAAAUCCUAAGUGUUGACUUUCAUCCUUCGGAUAUAUAUCGUAUUUGUAGUUGUGGCAUGGAUAAUACCGUAAAAAUAUGGUCUAUAAAGGAUUUCUUGACAUAUGUAGAAAAAUCAUUCACAUGGACAGAUCUUCCUUCAAAGUUCCCAACAAAAUUUGUCCAACGUCCUGUAUACACUGCUUCGGUUCAUGUAAAUUAUGUUGACUGUACUAGGUGGUUGGGUGAUUUUAUCCUUUCAAAGAGUGUUGAUGAUGAAAUUAUGUUGUGGGAACCUAUAGUGAAGGAAGAAAUUACAGGAACGGGUGCAGUUGAUGUCCUUCAGAAAUACCCCAUUCCUGUAUGUGAUAUCUGGUUCAUCAAGUUUUCAUGUGAUUUCCAUUUCAACAUAGCUACAGUAGGUAACAGGGAAGGCAAGAUUUAUGUUUGGGAAUUGCAGUCAUGUCCUCCUGUACUUGCUACAAAGUUGUCACAUCCUCAAUCAAUCUCUCCGAUCAGGCAGACUGCUACUUCCUUUGAUGGAAGUACUAUAUUGAGUUGCUGUGAGGAUGGGACAAUAUGGCGCUGGGAUGAUGUUUCAAACUCUUCAACCUAACUUGCAUACAUGCAAUACCAAUCUGACGUGCUUGUCAAAAAAUCAGGAACUUGGUUUAUUGCGUGUUUCUUUGUCUGUUUGGUUAUUUUGGUUCGAUAAUCCUUAUAAUGUAAAAGGUUCAACUGAGAACUCAUUAGAACUUUGACGUUGUUUAAAUAAAAUUGAGCCAUGCAUGUUUCCGGUUU